AAUUAAUGAUAUCCGACUGCCGUGGAAGGAAUUGAGGAGAUGCCAUCCCGUCGCUCUGGAGGCGGAGGCACCGUCAAGCGAAAACAUUCGCUGGGCAACCUCCGACGAGCUCAUCCUGCCUCCGGCGCCACCUGGAAUGUUCAGGUGGUGCGAGGCAAGAUGUCCUCGAAAUGUCUGUGGCAUGCCUGUCGAGCUCUGAUCCUGGGACUCACCCUGAUGCUUCUCGGUGCUGGCAUGGCCACAUUGGGCUACUAUGCGGAUCAUCUCUCGAUGGGAUCGGAGCUGCGUGGAAAUGUCACGGUUCGCGUGAAAAACGACCUGAAGGGCUUCCACCUGAACAACUUUGCGUAUGUGGGUCCCAUUGUCAUGGGAUUCGGAGGAUUUAUUGUAGUGGCUUCCUGUGUGAUGACAUUCGAGGCAAGGGAUUCCGCCGCCAAAGUGGUUCCAGCACGCCUGCGGGCCGGUGGAGGUGGCAGCAACAAAAACAACUCGAGGAGCAACCAAGGAAGCUCAGCAUCACAGCGCCGUGGAAUGGGGGCUCAAUACCAAAGCAGUCGGUGGGACCAGCACUUUGGGGUGUUCCGCUCUUCACCUGGGGAUGCUCACCAGCAGCCUCAGUCGAACUGUAUCGCCGCCGCUCAUGCCCACUCGCACUCGCAUUCUCAGCAGCCCUUCGACCGGGAGGCCCUCACCGCCGAGCUGAUUAAGUUCUCCAAGUCGCUCAGGGAUAGAAAAUAUAUAGAGCAUAAACCCGCAAGCAGCAAUGUGCGGCGAGGGCGCCAGAUGCGACCUGGCUCGGGACUAGGAUCCAAUCAAGGCGGAGGAGCUGGCUCCUCGACGUCGGCCAGGAAUUUUAGCAACUCAUCGAGCCUGAUUCAACGUGCCACCAGAGAGUGCACUUUGCUGCAGCCUCCAGCCGCGAGUCGUGUGUACUGGCAGGCCUCAUCCUUCGAUGGAGGGAGUGCCGGUCCGCCGGGCAUCAUGUCAAGCGCAGAAAAGCGUAGCGAGCGGAAUAAGCGAUCCGACACGGCCAAGAGGCAUGUCCUGUCCCGCCAGCGACCCAUCGAGCAGGAGGAGGCCCGGGAUCAUGGUCAUAGCCCAUUGGGACACAGACGAAACUCCACGAUGUCGGACUCCUCGUACAGCGGCCGCUGGACGGCUCGCUGUGCCUCUAUCGCCAGUCGUACCUCUAGCAUCGAAUCCAGGCGGGUCCAAGUGGAUCUACAUAGUCCGGAGGUAAUGCCGAAGUCAAUUCUACGAUCUCCCAAGCGUUACAGCUCUGGACCCUCUGCCACCCCCUCCGUAGAGAAAGAGUUUCGAAGCCAGCUAUCAGUUUGCUCUGAGCCUCCGCCGCCAGUGCGUCAGCUUUCGGGACAGUCCAGCAUGGAACCUGCAGUUCCCGAGGAGAGCCUCGACCAGUCAGACUGUCAGGAGCAGAUCAGCCAGGAGAAGACAAAUCAGAACUCGGAGUCUAAGACCUCCUAUGAAGAGAUCACCGAGCUGCAUCACCACACAAGCAGCCUGCCACCCAAGAAGACACGACCGGGAUUUCUGCCCCUGGCGCUCAGCGAACAGGAGGAGGACGCCAAGCCAGUGGCCACAUCCUUGUACCGGAGCAACAGUUCCCGGCAGUUUUACAGACCCAAGAAGGGAGCGCCCAACGAGCGGGAUGACUCGGUAUUCUACAUACGCUCCAUGGAAAGGGGACUGGCGGGAGCCGGGACAGAUGGGAACGGAGGUGGUAGCACGGAUGAGCAAAUGUACGACUCUCUGCGGGUCAUCAACGAGAGGCGAACCACUUUGCUCAAGGCGGACUCCCAAAGCUCCCUGGGAUCGGCGGAACGGAAGCUGAGCAGUUUCUCCCUCAAAAUGCCAGACAUUACGGAGCGGGAGAACUCUAUAGAAGUCGAAACGGAUGCGGAUGUGGAGAAACCAUCAUCAUCUCCUCCAACACCACCUGCCCCGCCGUUACCAACGUUACCAACGACGCCACCGCCACCUCCCCGCCCACCCUCUGAUGUCGAGCUUGGAAUUAGGGAUAUCAAAGAAACCUAGGAUAAUACAGAUUGGCCCACUUUAUAGAGUUUUACCAGCAGCCAUCGACAAUUACUUUAGCAACUCGAUUGAUGUUUGUAUAUGUAUUUAUGUGUGUGUGCGUGUCGUUUAUUUUUAUAACCCCUAGAUCGUACCUAGAUAAGUGUUAUAUAUGUAUACACCAUAAUCUCUGUGUUGCCUCGGGCCUAAGCAAUCAACUAACGAAUCUUCAACGAUGUCUAUUAACUUGAUUAACUAAUGUUACUGUACAAAUAUCAACAGUUGCGAUCGAAGUUUCAUUUAAUUUCUAUGUUCAUUUUACCUUUGAAGAUUAUAUUCCAAUAUUUCGACUUCCUUUAUCUUUGAUCGCAACUGGAAAGGCUAGUCUUCCUAUUGUUAGAAUAUGAAUUAUAUAUCUGAGUGUUUAUUUUUAAGACAAGCAAUUGCAGAGUUUCUUGUUCCGAACUUGUUAAAAAAACGAAAAACAAAAGAAUGCAGCGAAUUUUGGAAUAUUGUUCAUUGCAAGAUUAAUAUUGGAAAAUAAAAUCAAACAAUGUGUGUCUAA